GAAGAAGAGGAGGCGGCGGCGGCUGUGGUGGGGGGCGGCGGCUGGAGCGCGAUGGGUGUGAUAGGUGUACAACUGGUUGUUACCAUGGUGAUGGCUAGUGUCAUGCAGAAGAUAAUACCUCACUAUUCUCUUGCUCGUUGGCUUCUUUGUAAUGGCAGUUUAAGAUGGUAUCAGCAUCCUACAGAAGACGAAUUAAGAAUUCUUGCAGGAAAGCAGCAAAAAGGAAAAAGCAAAAAAGAUAGGAAAUAUAAUGGCCACAUUGAAAAUAAACCUCUUACCGUUCCAAAGGACAUUGAUCUUCACCUGGAAACAAAGUCAGUUACUGAAAUGGACACUUUGGCAUUGCAUUAUUUCCCUGAAUAUCAGUGGCUGGUGGAUUUCACAGUGGCAGCUACAAUGGUGUAUUUAGUAACUGAAGUCUACUACAGUUUCAUGAAACCCUCCCAAGAAAUGAAUAUCAGCAUAGUCUGGUGCCUGCUUGUUUUGGCUUUUGCAGUCAAGGUACUUUUUUCAUUAACUACACAUUAUUUCAAAGUAGAAGAUGGUGGUGAAAGAUCAGUGUGUGUUACCUUUGGAUUUUUUUUCUUUGUCAAAGCCAUGGCAAUUCUGAUUGUAACUGAAAACUAUCUAGAAUUUGGACUUGAAACAGGGUUUACAAAUUUUUCGGAAAAUGCGAUGCAGUUUCUUGAAAAGCAAGGUUUAGAAUCCCAGGGUCCGGUCUCUAAGCUAACCUUCAAAUUUUUCCUGGCGAUUCUCUGUUCACUUAUUGGUGCUUUUUUGACAUUCCCUGGUUUGCGACUGGCUCAAAUGCAUCUGGAUGCCCUGAAUUUGGCAACAGAAAAAAUAACACAAACAUUACUUCAUAUAAACUUUUUGGCACCUUUGCUUAUGGUUCUACUGUGGGUAAAACCGAUCACCAAGGACUACAUUAUGAACCCUCCGCUGGGUAAAGAAAGUGUACCCUUAAUGACAGAAUCCACAUUUGAUACCUUACGGCUGUGGCUGAUCAUCCUGUUGUGCGCUUUGCGGUUGGCUAUGAUGCGCAGUCACCUACAAGCUUACCUGAACCUGGCCCAGAAGUGUGUCGAUCAGAUGAAGAAGGAAGCUGGAAGGAUAAGUACAGUCGAUCUGCAGAGAAUGGUGGCUCGUGUGUUUUAUUACCUUUGUGUAAUUGCCCUGCAGUAUGUGGCACCUCUGGUAAUGCUGCUCCACACAACUCUGCUUUUGAAAACACUAGGGAAUCAUUCCUGGGGGAUCUAUCCUGAGUUUAGCUCUGACUCUCCAAUGGAGGUUAACCCAUGCUCCUCCUCUGUUUACCCUGAAUUGCCAUCUACCGAUGGAAAAAUGAAGGUAACUGUAACACAAGUAACCGUGGCAUUGAGCAGCUUGAAGAACAUUUUCACUCCUCUGCUCUUCCGAGGGCUUCUGUCAUUUCUGACCUGGUGGAUUGCUGCUUGCCUCUUUUCCACGAGCCUUUUUGGGCUUUUUUAUCACCAGUACCUGACUGUGGCAUAACCGAAGUCAGCUCACAAAAAGAUAUCGGCGUUAAACUCUUGAGUCAACUCCAUGCGCUCUCAUUGGGCCGAAGAAAACCAGAAGAAAACACGCGUAAAGAAAAGGAGGAAACAUAUCAUCCGAAUAUCUUGUUUUAAAUGCUUCCUCUGCAGUCUCAGGGUGAAUUAAUGUUGUAUUGUUUAAAAUCACAAGUUAGUUUGUUCACUGGGUUGCCUAAUGUCAGGUAACUUGACUGUUGAAUUGCAGCAUUGGAACUGUGACAAACCUUAUCAUUAUUAUUUUUAUUAUUUUCUUUUGGUAUGGCCAAUGGGGGGAUUAUUUAUGGGGAUAAUGCUUGUGAUCACCAUGGUGUCCAGAAACACCCAGCUGUCCUCCAUUUUGCAUGUGAUGUUUGUCAUUGAUGAUGACCCUUAGAGUUAUUACGGUACUGGUGGUGGGUGGCUGCCUAAUGAACAAUCUUGAAACUGAGCCAUACUUGAGAGGAGGGGGAAGGAGAGAAAAUCACUUCUGUUGGAAAAGUCUUAGUUGCUCUUCCAGGAGAAUUACGUUAAAAAAAAAGAAUCCAAAAGGACGGAAGAAAUAGCUACUGUAUAUUACAGUAAAAGGAAGCUGUAUCAUAUUUUCAUUUAGUGGAGGUAUAGGUGUGUAUUAUCAGCAAGGAUUCCUGCUCGAAAGUAGCGGGAGUGUUGUUAAUGUAUUUUGUCUCAACCUCUGCAAUCCUUUGUAAGUAGUGAAUGGCCAUAUGAACACUUGCAAGUGCAGCUUGGUGCUAAAGUUGGUCCUUCCAAAUCCACUUGGGUCGCAAUUUUUGUGUUGCCCCACGUAUAGCUUGACACAGUCCAUCAAUUCACUAAAAUGAUCCAGUUAUGUUACCAACACUGAUCCACGUUUUUUUUUUUUACAAAUUACUUUGUAAUCCUGCUGACUUGUAUGUUUGUAUUGUGUGUGUGUGUGUGUGUGUACAUAUAUUAUAUAUCGGAUAUAUAAUAUAUUGAUCUACAAAAGAUGAAAAUAUAGAAUCCUUUUAUUAUACGUUUGCUGAAUGUAUAUUACAUGUGGUUGGGGAUGUUUAUGUAUCCAGAAGUUCAAAAAUCUUUCUCAAAUGGAUAUUAAAAAGUGUUUUUGAAAGUCCA